AGCAAGAAAUAACAAUUGUAUUUUUAUUAACUAGCGUAAACAACUGUACGAUACUAUAAAAUACUGUAAAAUAAAUACUGUAACAUGUUUAGAGCUCAUUGUUAGUUAACUAACAUUAAAUAAUCGGAACUUGUUGUAAAGUGUGUUACCAAAAAUGUGUUUUAAAAUGUUACCUAAUCAUGUAUUGUAAACCGCGUAUGAGUUUCGUAUCUGUGACGAAACUGACGCGUGAAUUGAAACUGAAAGUAAAAUCAGCCGUUUCUGUUUAUGUCUAAAUGAAACUCUGUGAAACUGAUUGUUAUGCUACGAGUUAACCGGGAGCUGACGUAUCUUGAGGAAGGUUUCCAUAGACACAGCACCGAGAAGCUUUUGCGGCUAUAUACUGUGUGUCUGUGAAUGGGAGAGUUCUGGAGUAAAAUGGCAUAUUAUGGACUAUACAGCCGAUCCAGAUCAUGGAGCUAUUCCAGGAAUUAUGUGAGAGGCCUUUUCAACGACAGUCUAUCCUGCUGUGUUAAUGCUUUGCUUCAGUCCUUUUCUGCCACCACUGAACUACUGGACAUACUGAACAAAUGGAAUCCAUCAGAUAGAAUCGAACGGAGUAACAUCCCACUGCAUUUGAAGAACACCCUGCUAGCCAUGAGGGAUGUAUCACAUCCUGAUCCGCACGUAGACUUCCUGGACAGCCUCUACCGUCACACCAUCCGCCGAUACACUCAACAGGAUGCGGAUGAAAUAUUCCACAUUAUCCUCAAUCUCAUCCAGAAGCAGAUGCCUGAUCGUUGCUUGGCUCAGGAAAUCCGCAGUCUCUAUGAGAUUAAGGUAGAGACACAGGUGAAAUGUUCACAUUGCGCAUCCGUUCAGCGAAUGCCCACCUCUCUUUUCAGCCUUCCUUUGGCAAUCUGUGAAGGGGGAAACACCCUGGAGAGCUGCAUCAACUCCUUUUUCCAACUUCAAAACCUGGUGGACGGUGAGGAGUGGUUCUGUGACCAGUGUGAGAAGAAGCAGCCAUCCACUCAUGAACUGAAACUUGUCUCAUUGCCUCCGAUUCUGUGUGUCCACUUGAAAAGAUUCAGAAACGAUCGUGGCUUCACCAGGAAACUCAACAGCAAAGUCACCUUCCUUGAAACUUUUAGCACAGAUGUUUUUGCUGCAGGACAAUCAGAAAAUGUUGCGAAUGAUUCUCCCAGGGCUGGUGAGCAUUACAGUCUCUAUGCAGUAAUAGUUCAUAUAGGAUCUGCUAUGUCUGGUCACUACACCGCUUACAUCAGGCCAUUUCAGGACCAGGCUUGGUACUAUGCUGAUGACAACCAUGUGCAACCUGUCACAUGGUCGGAUGUGCAGCAGUACACAUAUAAAGGAAGCAGCACGGCCUACUUGCUUCUGUACAGGAAGAAGAGCUGGAAUUCAUCUGGAUAACAGUUGGGAACACUGCAGUCCUCAUGUUUUCCUUAAUAGCAGGACACUAUAUGGUUUAAUGCAGAGAAUAUUCCAAGAAUAGGACCAAAGUCUAUUUAUAUUUGGUGUAUAAGUAUGCAGAGAGGUGUUGAAUGUAAGAAUGUAAAUCAGUAUAUUUUCAUGUUGAUUGUGGUUUAUAACGGACACAGAUAGGAUUACAGUAUUUUGGCAGUGAUUAUUUUGUGGAGUUUAUUGAUAUUUAAUAAAAAUGAAAAUGUUUUAUA